AGGCUAACUAACAGCAGAUAGUGUCUGUGUAUGUGUAUAUGUGUGCAUGGGUUUCAAAUUUGCUAACAGCAAAUAGAACAGUGUGUAUGUAUGUAUGUGUGUGUGUGCGUGUAUGCAUAUGUGUGAGAAAAUGAAGACAGAAAGAUAGGAAGAGAGAAUAUGUCCAGACAACUUAAAAGUGGACAGAGUCUGGCAGUUCUCUGCAUUAUGUGCCAAAGAAAAGGACUAAGUUGUGAACAGUAGUAAAACAGUUGACAUUCAACAAGAUAAAUUGUUAACAGGCACAAUGUGCAAGCAGGCUAGCUACCUACAGGCCAAAGUAAGGAGCCGGAAAAACUAAUUUAUUUAUAAGGCAAGAGGUAGACAUCACUGCAACACAGACUUGCUCUGAAGCUGUGGACUCUGUUUUGGGGUAUUUUCCUGGAGUGGCUAAUAAAGGAUAUAGGAGCAACUGUCAUGUUCAUCUAAAAUGUCCUGCUUCAUGGCUUUAUGAAUUCCGGUCCCAUACAGCGCUGUUGAGCCCGUAUCAGUGUUCAGGAUACUGUCUGACAAGUGACUUAUUUGGACAUCUUCAGACAUGAAUGGAUGUGGUACCACCUAUUGUUUGUUUUAACUCCCCCUUCCUAUUGAAGCAUCAUAAAUACGGUGCUCUAGUUUGGUAGAAGGCUUCUGCUCAUAUAUAAACUAAAUGUUAUUUUAAGCAGCUUCUUAAAAAGGCAUAAAUAAACAACUAUACUGUGUUUAAAAUAAUACUACGUUUGCAGUGAUUCAUAAAACUCCAGCUGCAGUCAAAGGAUGUAAAGAUAUCAUCUGAAUCUGAGUCCAGCCUCUGGAAAUGACUUUAGAAACACAUUGGAAAUGGUUUGUGUAUUUUUUGGAAAACUCAAAGUUGCUUUUACAUGUUUGUGUGUUCUAGCUAGUAGAUAAGCUGCUGUACUCCUUCAACCUACAGUUUAUUUUCAUACUAAACAGCUCGAUUCAGCAAAGUUCAGCUUUCAAAGGCAGUAGCUGAAUGCCUCAGCUGUGCAGCAGUGCUCUUUUGCGAAGGUGUUUCUUCUUCCACAAAUGAAACACUGAUUUCUUAUGAGUGCAGAAAGGGCUGCCUCAGGAAAAUGAAAAUAUUAUUCAUGGCAAAUGUGGAAACUUGUAGAAAGACCAUUUUUACUUUCAUCUGUUUAUAUGGUGCAAUUCUGGACUUGACAAGUGGAAGCUUUUUAAAAAAUCACCUCCACUCAAGUUUUAUCCACAGAAAACUAAGUGGCAGGGAGAAGAAGGAAAUUCAGCGGGAAAUUUUGUCUAUCAUGGGGCUACCUGGGAGACCCAGGCCACAUAGUGAGGGUAAGCUCCCUUCUUCAGCUCCCCUGUUUAUGCUGGACCUCUAUCAUGCCAUGGCAAGUGAGGAUGAGGACGAUGUAAGCCAAGGGGUCUCCCAUCCUGUACCGAGCAGCCUGAGUACACAGAUCCCACCACUAGGCACAGUCAUCAGCGAGGCUGACACAGUUAUGAGCUUUGUCAACAUGGUGGAACAAGACCAGGAUAUCUUCCACCAGAAACCAUACUGGAAAGAAUUCAAGUUUGACUUGACACAGCUCCCUAAAGGUGAAACUGUAACAGCUGCAGAAUUCCGAAUUUACAAAAUGAAGAGCUUUGGACGCAGUACUAACAAGACACUUCAUAUCAGUGUGUAUGAGAUCAACAAAUCGCACCACAAAAGGGAAUCAAACUUAUUUCUAUUAGAUGUUCAGAAUAUAGCGGCUAAAGAAGAAGGCUGGCUGGCAUUUGACAUCACAGCUGCAAGUAAUCGUUGGCUGCUGAACCCCAAGUACAACUUGGGGCUUCGACUUUACAUAGAGCUAGAUGGAGGACAGAGUGUUGAUCCUGGAUUGGCUGGACUUGUGGGCCGACGGGGGCCACGACCUAAACAACCAUUCUUGGUUACGUUUUUCAGAGCAAAUCAACCUCCUAUUAGAGCACCACGUUCUGUACGUCGUGCAAUGAAGAAAAAAGAGAGAAAAACCAAUGAUCUACCACAGUCCAACAUUGUGUCUGGAAAAUAUGACCACUACCAUGAAAGUGAAGGGAGAGAAAUGUGCAAGAGACAUGAACUGUAUGUCAGUUUUCGGGAUUUGGAGUGGCUGGACUGGGUAAUUGCACCACAAGGAUACGCUGCAUACUACUGCCAUGGAGAAUGUUCCUUCCCGCUGGACUCAUGCAUGAAUGCAACUAACCACGCUAUCCUACAGUCACUGGUACACCUGAUGAAGCCAGAGGCAGCUCCCAAAGCGUGCUGUGCACCCACUAAGCUCAGUGCUAUUUCUGUGCUGUAUUAUGACAACAGCAACAACGUCAUCCUGAAAAAGUAUCGGAACAUGGUGGUCAAGUCCUGUGGCUGUCAUUGAAAGAGAGAGACAAAAACACAGGAUACAAGACAAAAGAAAUAAACCAUACCAGAAAAACAAACUCUCUGGUGGUACUCAGUCUCAUACCUCAUAGAGACUGCUUUUCAUCUCUACCUUUGAUAUGGAUAUUUAGCACUUAAAUCAAUCUUUUCUUCAGAUGUCUUGAUAGGGUGUGGACAUUAAGAAACCAAAAACAGACUUUAAUGUCAGUGGAACUGAUGAAGUAACAGUUAUUACAAGCUCAACUGUGGCCAAGAAAUGAGGACUACUUGUUAAACUCACAUGGUAAGCUUGAUCAGAACAUUCUGGAAUCAUGAACAGAUUCUACUUUUACUGGAACAGAUUAUAACAAUUAGUUAUUGCAAGCCUGACAAGAACUGCUUGUUAGGAAAACAGUAAUUACUUACACAGUAAGUUGGUAGCAGUAAUCAAAUCUUUUCUAUAUUACAGAAUAAUAUUGGAGUUACUUAGUAAAUAUACACAAAUGUUGUAAUGCUUGUAAAAUGUAAUACUGAUAGAAAAUAUCAUUUUUCUCACAGACUGCUAUAGAGGAUGACUUGAUGAGUGUGUAUGCAGAGGCCAUUUUUCAGCAGAUUAAUGAAGGUGUUGUACAAGUGUUUUGUUUUUUUUCAGUUUUCUGAUUUCAGUGUACCUUUCAUGUUCUGUAUCUGAGAUGAAUGUUUACAGAAAGUCUUUUUACUCAAGACAUUGCUCACCUGGAUAGUAGGGUGUCCAUUUUGUUGCACAGCAGGAGAUUGCUUGCAUCACAAUUGAUGCUUUACAGCUUGAAACAGAGAAAGGGCGUAAGUGUUGUUGCUGGCUCCAUGUAGGAACAAUGUAUUCGUGCACGAGUGCUAUUUUCUUUUUGUGCUCUCUGAGAUCAUUGCAUCCAAGAAAAGAGGGAGACAGUUUUUUACUGUGUUUCUUGUCACACUUUCCCAAGUUGAAGCAUGAAGUAACCUCUGAGAAUAAUGAAGUAAAAGGGUUUUAAGGAAGCCUUCACAUGGGUGGGAGUUGUGCCCCUGCAAAAAAAAAAAGUGUUAUUUUCAUUUUUGGUCUUUUUGCUCGUAAACUAUCUCAGCUCAAGUACAGAUGUCAGAAGUACAUAUGUACUGAAGCUCUCAGUUUUGAGAGGGAGUUUUGUACCAAGUAUUGUGGGUUAAUGUUGGACCCAGAAUCAUAGAUCUGUGUAGGACAGUGCUGUUCUACUUUCAGAAGACUAUCUUCCCACCAAACCUCUGGUUGGCCAUCCUAGGAAGCUACCUCAUUAAUAACACACCCCUAAGAGGGGACCCAGUAGUCAGGAAUCUGGGGAUGUAUGUGGAUAGUAACCUGACUUUCGACCAACAUGUGUCUAUGUAGUUAGGAAAUCAUUCUGUGUUGCUCAAUGUAUAAGUCAGGGUAUGCCAUUUAGGUCCAGGAGGUUAGAGUUCCUCUGUAUUCAUCCCUCAUCAGACCCAUCAUUGAGUACAGUGCCCUCUGCAGUAUGUACCUGACUAGGCACAUGCAGUAACUGGAACAGCCACAGAGGUUCCUCACAAAAAGAGUACAGAGUGUAAACAACAUGUUUUCCACAGAUUGGCUCAAAGCCCUGUCUCUAUAGUCAGUUUCCCACAGACUUUUAAGUGGUGAUCUGUGCCUGGCAUACAAGGCACCCUUGGACCCCACUCUGGUGGACCUUUUGCGCAUCCACAAAACCAGAACUACUCAAUCUAGGGACUUGAACUUUGCUUGAGACAUAAAUAGGACAUGCUGGAGGGAUGAGUAUGUCUCAGACAAUGCCCUUUCCCUAACAAUAUUCUAGUAUAACCUGGACCAAUGGAUUAUACAUCGGACAUUCACCCCAGGUCUAGCACCUAUGUUCCUGAAGGACACAGGAAGUCUGUAAAUCAUACUCUAGCUUACAUAUAUUCCUUAAAAUAAUCUCUAAGAUUCAAAAAACUUGAACCUAUAGGUGUGGUUAAAAACAGAUGGUUUAAUGUCACCAUCAAUGGAAAUAAAAAAAGCUGUAGCCAAAAAAAACACAAGCUAAAUCAGUUGCCUUUUCCAUGCAAUGAGGCUGUGCUGCCUGAACUCCAAAGCUUAAUAUAAUCAAAUAUGAUGUUAUACCACAUUGGUGGAAACAAAAAAAAAUACUUUAAAAGCUUAACUUGUUUCAGCUAGCAGUGUCAUUUGGCCAUCUGAUUGUAAACCAGAUGUCUGGCUCCCUUUAUAUUUUGAAAAAAAAAAGUGUUGCACAAUUUUUGAAGCUACAAAAUGACAAAUGUGUUUGCUAAAAUACUUUCGGAAUGUAGUUUUAGAGGUAAUACACCAUUUGAUCGAGUUUGAUGUCCCAACACAAUAAUUACAACACAAAAUAAAAAGAAAAAUUAACCAAAACUUGUAACCAAGUCUUUCUGCAUUUCUUGAAGUUUUUUUUAAUUUCAUGUGCAGUUUUAGAGUACUGAAAAAAAUAUCUCCUGAGGUCUGCUGUCUUCCAUUUUCUUUUUAGUCAAUGACAUCCUGACACACAUAUUAAAAAUAUCCCGGGGUGCAUGCUUAAUUUGUGUAAUGACAACACAGAAUCAAGUUUUAAAGUAGAAUUGACCACUAGACUACCUGUCUCUGACACUCUCAAAAAAAUCAAGUCCUUGGCACAAUUCUUACCACUAUUACCUUUUUUUAAUUAAGCACAUCUAUCCAAAAGCACAGUCUAAUGCAGUAUAUGAUGUUGUUGGCAAUAAAUUAUAGGCAAGCACUCAUUCAAGGACUAGGUCACUAAAAGGAAAUUAAUUUAUGGCUCUCAGGAAGUUCCCCUUAAUGCAUCAGAAUAAAAAUGUGACACAUUCCCAAUUACUCCCUUCAUGCUUGUUAGCUACAGUCUUGCCUGCAUGCUGAAAACAGCAAUUGUCAGUUAUGUGGCUAAAACCAUAUUAGAUUAUUACACAAACAAAUAGUAUAACUAGUAUGAACUUUUCUGAAGACACUGGAAAUGAAAAUAACAUUUCUACAUAUUUUAACCAUUUUUCCAGCAAAGAUGAGUUAGAAGUUAAAGCAGGUUUACUCAGUGCAUGCAGUUUAAGGUCUUGACGUAUACAAUGCAACAAGUCUUGUUUUCUCAACCAUGAUCCUUUGCUUUGUUCACUAGGGUACUUGUAGCAGCCAAGCAGACUGGGGUGUUCUGUAUCUCCUGCUAGCAUUCAAGCAGACUGCUGUGUUUUAUAUGUGCUUGUGCUGUAAUGUACAAAUAAAUACACGCCGAGAAAGAGAGCUGUUGAUUUGGUUGUUCUGUGGUCAAUUCUGAUCAUCCUGUGUGACUUGUCUGAUUGCUAUAAACUCAUUAAAGUGGCAUACAAUAGCUUUCAACAUUCUGAUGGCAUCCUGGCUGCUUAGCGUAGCACUGAAGCUACAAACUGAUCAACACAACUAGUUAAUUCUUAACUAGUAUGCUGGUGUUGUCUGGUGUGGGGCACAGUCAUCUAUAUCUACUGUGACCUACUCUUAGGUUGGUUCAUAGGUUCAUAGGUUGAUACUAGGCUAUCUGCCCUAGGGCAUUUACAAGCCUAGCCAGAGUGUGUUUGGCUUUCGCCACCCU